GAGUAACACGCAUACAAAUAAAUAUAUACACGGCGAUCAAAACAUAACCUUCCGCAUUUUCAAUGCGAAGGUAAUUAACGAUAAGAAAAUUACUUCAGAAGUCAAACCUCAAUUUUAAUUUGCAGCCGCAGCAGUGUUGUUGUUGUUUAGAAGCAUGUAUUUGAGUUUGAGGUUUUUUUUCCGAUCAGCAAAAUAUACAACCACCAGUAAUUUAAAGAGAAGAAGAAAGAUAUAUGUGGCUGGCCGAAAGGGUUAAGGCUGAAGCUAUCUAGCUUAUAAGAGCCCUAACCUUUUAACAUUACAUUACAUGUCAUUUGGCUGACGCUUUUAUCCAAAGCGACUUACAAUACUGUUACAUUCAUUCACCGUAGACACAGCUACAGGGAGCAACUCAGGGUUAAGUGUCUUGCUCAAGGACACAUCGACUAGGGCGGGGAUUGAACCUCCAACCCACUGAUUGAAAGACGGACCUGCUACCCACUCACCCAUAGUCACCACAAGAGAGUAAAAUCAGAAAAUGACAAUUUAUUUUUAGAAAUCUUAACGGAAAUAAACAGGAUCAGUUUUGUAAUACAUCAAAGAUGCUAUUUUUAAUCCAUUUCUAAUGGAUGAAGCCUUGGCCUGGAGGAGGGGUCAUCAGGUGGUCCCCAACCUUCUUAGAGUGUUUCAACCCUUAACCACAACACUCUCCAGUUGGCGGGUCAGCAGUGAUUGGCCAGGUCACUGCCCCCCUCCUCCAGGCUUCCAGCUCGUGUCCUCUCUCUUAUGCCAGAGCCAACAGGAGGCUCUCUCUGCCGCUUCUCCCCACCUACGAACGGCUGUUUUCCUCACGUGGCCUCUUAGUCCAACCCUUGUCAUCAGAUUCCAGGCUGAUUGAGCUGGGAAUCCUCGACUACCCACUUCCACUGUCAUCAGCCAUGUUGUCCACCCCUUGUCCCGGCAGUCCUGGACCAGUUGUUGGUACUUCAUUUUCGUUCUCUCUGCCGCCUCCUCACAGUUCUCUUCCCACGGGACUGUUAGUUCCACCAGGAUGAUCUUCUUACCCUCUAGGGACCACAUGAUGAUAUCUGGUCUCAGGGUUGUGGACAGUACCGCCUCUGGGAAGUGGAGUUUCCUCCCCAGAUCGACCUCCAAAACCCAUCCCUGGGCUGACUGCAGGAGAUUCUGCUUGGCUUGGCUUUGGACAGCUGGUCUCUGACCCUCUUUUACAAAGGCGAUGGUACUCAACAGUGGCUUUGUUUUGGCUGGACGUUUCUUUCUCCUCUCUUGCUCCAGGGUGUCUGCGAGCUGUGCCAACACCUUGUCAUGGCGCCACCUAUACCUCCCCUGGGUCAAUGCUGUUUUGCACCCUGAUAGGAUGUGCGCCAUUGUCCUUUACCGCCACACAACCUGCACAGUGGGUCCCUCAUUCCCCACCUGUGCAAGUUGACUGGGGUCGGUAGGGUGUCGUACACUGCUCGGAGCAUAAAGGAGAUACGGAACGGCUCCAACCGCCACAUCUCACUCCACGUGAUGGUUCUUUUGGGAAGGUUCCACCUUGUCCAGGCACCUUGAGUUGCAAGCUCGAUGGAUUUAGCUCUUCUUCCUUCUUCCUCAAGGUUUCGGACUUCAUCCUGGAUCAUGGUCCUCUUUUCCCUGGGAGUGGACUUUGACCACUGCUGGAAAUGGAAUGUUCCUAGACCCUGCCUUCCAGUGCAAAGGUUCCCGAUGGUAUCUUUGGUCCUCAGAGAAGAUUCUGCCUGGUUAACUGCAGUGCUGGUGGCCCACUUUCUGCCGGAUCUUGUUCUUAUUCCUGCUUCCCUGGCGCUGUGUGCCGUGUGCAAACAAAACCACCAACAAACAAACAAUCCCAAACCAGUCGAACCAUUUCCAACUUCCAUCAGAGACGAGGACUUCAGCUCCGAGGCCGAGUGUCCAGAAACCUUCAAGAAUUCAUUUCUGCUGACCAACCUGCCUAGAGGUCAACUCAGGGACCCAUCUUACCUCCUGUAGGAAACAGGUCAGCGUGACGUAACCUCAUGCUGAAACCCAAAAGAGAUCUCAACGGUCAAACGAUGGCGCCCAAAAAGAAGGCCUCCCGCCAGAAGAAGCCCGCCGUGGAAGCCGUCCCUGAGGUCGCCGUCCCUGAGGUCGCCGCGGUGCAGCUGAAGGUGGAGAGCCGCGGCGACGGGGUGGUGGUGAUGGAGAGCGGCGUGAAGAAGAUCGAGCAGAUGGCGGCGCUGGACAUCGCUCAGCUGAACAGCCUCAAUCUGCCGCUGCCGCUGCCGGUCAUCACGCCCGGGGAGCGCGGCCUCGGCCUGGGCAGCGAGCUGACGCGCCCGCUGCACGGCAACGCGCUGCUGGAGGAGCUCAGCAAGAUGCGGCAGGAGAAGUUCCUGACGGACCUGGAGUUGGCCUGCAAGACGAAGGCCUUCGACGUCCACAAGCUGGUGAUCUCCUCCAUCAGUCAGUACUUCAGGGAGAUUCUGGCCAAAGACCCGGGCAUGAAGCGCCUGGAGCUGCCCUCCCUCUCACCUCUAGGCCUGGCCAAUGUCAUCACCUUCGCCUACCUGGGCCGCGUCCACAUGUCCCUGUACACCAUCGGCUGCACCGUCUCGGCCGCCGCCACCCUGCAGAUCCCUCAGCUGCUCAAGAUGUGCAUGGACUUCCUGCUGGCGGAGCUCAACGUGCAGACCUGCGUCUACAUCUGGAACAUCGCGUCCGCCUACGGCCUGACUUCGGUGAGCGCCGCCGCGCGCCGCUUCGUCCUGGAGAACUUUGUGCAGUUCGCGGACACGGCGCUCUUCACCCAGCUGACCCUGGAGCAGAUCUCCGACUUCCUGCAGGACGAAGCGCUGCUGAUGCCUUCAGAGGUCACUGCCUUCCAGUUGGCCAUGAGGUGGCUCGACUUCGACGCCUCUCGUCAGCCUCACGCCGCCGAGCUGCUGUCACACAUCCGCUUUGAGACGAUCCCCGCCAGUGAGCUGGUGAGCCAGAUCCAGCCGGUGCCCCGCAUGAUGAUGGACCCGCACUGCCACCGCCUGCUGGUGGACGCCAUGAACUACCACCUGCUGCCCUUCCAGCAGAACACCCUGCAGUCCCGACACACGCAGGUCCGGGCCGCGCAGCCGACUCUGCUCACCGUCGGCGGGCGGCCGUCGCUCACCGAGAGGGCUCUCAGUCGGGAGGUGAUGUGGAGGGACCCUCGAGAAGGAGCGGCCACCUGGCGUCACCUCACCCAGCUGCCGGCGAAGAGCUUCAACCAGUGUGUGGCCGUGAUGGACGGCUUCCUGUACGUGGCCGGAGGGGAGGACCAGAACGACGCGCGCAACCAGGCCAAGCACGCCGUCAACACCCUCAGCAGAUAUGACCCUCGCUUCAACACCUGGUUCCACCUGGCCAGCAUGCGACAGCACCGCACCCACUUCUCCCUGGCGGCCAGCGGCGGCCGCCUGUUCGCCAUCGGCGGGCGCAACGUGGAGGGCCUGCUGGCCACCACCGAGAGCUACCUGCCGUCCUCCAACGCCUGGCAGAUGCGCGCCCCCAUGGUCGUGCCCCGCUGCUGCCACUCCAGCGCCACCCUGCCCUCCGGAGACAUCCUGGUGACGGGCGGGUACAUCAACUGCGCCUACUCGCGCUCCGUGGCGUGCUACAACCUGGACGCCGACGCCUGGAGCGAGAAGAGCCCCAUGGAGACGCCCCGCGGCUGGCACUGCUCCGCCGCCCUGGGAGGGAAGGUGUACGUGGCGGGAGGGAGCCAGCUGGGGCCCGGCAGCAAGCGCGUGGACGUGCUCUCCGUGGAGGUCUUCUCCCCGGAGAGCGGCGGCUGGAGCCGGGCCGCCCCGCUCCUCCUCGGCGUGAGCACCGCCGGCCUCUCGCCGCUGGCCGACAAGCUGUACCUGCUGGGCGGCUGGAACGAGGCGGAGAAGCGCUACAAGGCGGCGGUGCAGAAGUACGACCCGGCCACGGACAGCUGGUCCGUGGCGGAGGAUCUGCCCGAGCCCACGGUGGGCGUGUCCUGCUGCACCCUGACCCUGCCGCCGCGCCACGCGCCGCGCCGCCAGCUGCACCGCAACACGCCGAAUUUUUAAAAAUCGAAAAGACAGUAAAGUAGAAAACAUUGCAAGGUAGAGGAUGUUUUUCUUUUCUUUUCCCGUAGCAUUAUUUAAAUAAAUUAUAUUGUAGAAAUACUUACAAUUUAAAUAACGAAUACAUAUAUAUUUACAUAUUUAUAAAAAUGUAACUAAAAUAUUGAUAACAAUGAAAUCACUGACAUGUGGACCUUUUCCAUUGAUCCUCAAUGCUUAACCUAAAGGGAUUUGGGGUAUUUAAUAAUCAUAUUUACUUGACAUCUGACCUCCACUGUUAUUCAAGAGAAAGACUCAAAUCUAAAAUACAGAAAUAUGAAGUGUCCAUGUGCUGGUUUUGCAAAAAGGAAAUAAAAAGAGAGCGAGAGUGAUCCAAAGUGAUCUCAGGAGGUUUUACAUCCACGCAAACUGAGAAGAAAAGCGUGAGGAAGGGAUGAAUUAUCGUGGAGCAGGUGGAGGUAGAGAGGAUGAUGGAGGAGGAGGAGGAGCGAUGAAGACGGGAACAAAGGCCGUCUGCGCUCGAGUGUGUUGAAAAAACUUUGAAAGGUUUGUGAACAACGAUGCAUCUCAAAAGAGUGUGUGGCAUUCAACUGUGACGAUGUGUGUGUGUGUGUUUGUGUGUGUGUGUGUGUGUGUGUGUGAGCGACAGACGAGUGAAUGGCAGGAAUAUGAGCCAAUUCUGACAGAUUGUAAUAAUCAGGAUUUCUCACCAGUAAAUUUGAUGUGAGUAACGAACACACGCCGGCUUCUUCUUUAAUGUCUCUGAUGUUUGUCAGAAGAAGUGAAGCUCAACUGUAACCUGUAUUUAAAAACAGAUGUAGUACUUCAAUAUAUGAAUAUUAUAUGAGUGCAAUGCGAAAGGGAUUCUGAGGUGAACACAAGAGAAAGGCUGAAUUAAAACAACGUGCAGAAAUGUGCAUUAAAGCAGAAAAUUAAGAAUAUUUAUUCAAAAUCUAUUUGAAAAAUCCAACAAUUUCAAACAAACCCGCCUGUUUGUUUUAAAACAUUUGAAGAUCCGACGGAUCUUAAUUUUUACUGAAACUAAGAAACUACCAACUGAAGAGCCAGUGAGACGCCAGCGGGUGGAAAGAAGCUGCACAUUGACGAGUUAUGGAUGGAUAUUGUUUUAACGAGGUGAAUCGGGCUCAUUUGAUUGGAUGAAUCCCUCCGCGUUACCGGACGAGCCCCUGGUGGUUCCACUGAAUAAAGCCAAAGUGAUCGAAACG